GGGGGAUUGACCCAGCGCCGCUGCUUCUCGAAUGGUCUCGUGCAGGGGCGCAGCGGCCGCUGCCCGUCGCCCGGGACUCCCCGCCCUCCCUCGCGACCCCGCGCCGGGGCGGGCGGCGCUUGCGGCGGGCAGGGGGCGGGCAGGGGAGAGCGGGCUCGUCCGGGGGUAGCCGCCUCCUCUGCAGCCUGCCGGCGCCUCGAAGCCCGGACCUGCCUCCGCCUCUUCCUCCAGCGGCUCCAUCCCGCCUCCCGCACCUCGUCCUCCCGCCGCCUCCGCCGCCGCGCCCCCGGUGGCUGCCUCGGCGGACCGGGGAGGGGGCCCACCGCGUCGGCCGCCCGCUCGGCUCGGCUCGGCCCGGCCCGGGAGGCGUGCAUGCCCCUGCUGCCCGCGGCGCUCACCAGCAGCAUGCUCUAUUUCCAGAUGGUGAUCAUGGCAGGGACGGUGAUGCUGGCGUACUACUUCGAGUAUACGGACACGUUCACCGUGAACGUGCAGGGCUUCUUCUGCCACGACAGCGCCUACCGCAAACCCUACCCGGGCCCGGAGGACAGCAGCGCCGUGCCCCCCGUGCUCCUCUACUCGCUGGCCGCCGGGGUCCCCGUGCUCGUGAUAAUAGUUGGAGAAACUGCUGUCUUUUGCCUACAACUAGCCACAAGGGAUUUUGAAAACCAGGAAAAAACUAUUUUAACUGGAGACUGUUGCUAUAUAAACCCGCUGGUGCGCCGAACUGUCCGAUUUCUUGGAAUUUAUACAUUUGGACUGUUUGCUACAGAUAUCUUUGUAAAUGCUGGACAAGUAGUCACAGGAAAUCUGGCCCCACAUUUCCUUGCCCUGUGUAAGCCCAAUUAUACAGCACUUGGAUGUCAGCAAUAUACACAAUUCAUCAGUGGGGAAGAGGCCUGUACUGGCAACCCAGAUCUCAUCAUGAGAGCCCGAAAAACCUUUCCAUCCAAAGAAGCAGCUCUCAGUGUCUAUGCAGCUAUGUAUCUGACCAUGUACAUCACCAACACAAUCAAAGCCAAGGGAACCAGACUUGCUAAGCCAGUUCUAUGCUUGGGCUUAAUGUGUUUGGCAUUUCUUACUGGACUCAACAGAGUAGCAGAAUAUCGAAAUCAUUGGUCAGAUGUUAUAGCAGGCUUUCUGGUUGGAAUAUCUAUAGCAGUAUUUCUGGUUGUGUGCGUGGUGAAUAAUUUCAAAGGAAGACAAGCAGAAAAUGAGCAUAUACACAUGGAUAAUCUGGCACAGAUGCCAAUGAUCAGCAUUCCUCGAGUAGAAAGUCCUUUGGAAAAGGUCUAUUUCCUUAUUGGAGACCAUCCUGGAGACACUAUGGAGGGCCUUCAAAAUCAAUCAGAGGAUCGCAGUUCUGUGAAAACAUUUUGUUGAAAAAAUAUAAAAUUUUAUUUGACUAAAACUAGGUAAAUAAGCAAUGACUCAAUUCACAGUUUUAUGAAACAAGCAGUUUAUUUUUCAUAGUUUUGAUUAAAGAAGCAAUCAGUAAAUAAUUUGCAUAUAUUUAUGAUCUGAAAAUCUGACUAAGCAAAACAAAAAAUGAAUAGGAAGUAUCUAUGGGGUCAUCACAAUAAUCACAGGAAACAUUUUCUUAAAAUAACCUUCAAGACUCAAUGAACGUGUGUAUGAGUUUGUGUUGAACACAGAAUUUCCCUGUAUAUUUUAUUGCUUUUAUUCACAUAACAAUGCAUCAUAGAUAUGAUUUCAGAUCCAUAAAUAUAACAGUCAUAUCAGGCAUACUAUUAAAAGCUAAUCUUCAAUUAUAGCUUAAUAUGUGCUUGGAAUUAUGCAGAGGACUUCUCAUAUAAAAUAUGUGAAGUCAUUUGAGUGUGUCUUAUUUCCAUUUUAAGGAGAAAGGGACAUAGGUUAAGUAUACAUCCAAGGUCAUACAACUGGUCUGUGUUCUGAAACAAGAAUAUGAAUCCUUACUUUCCAUUUUCAAAGAAAUAUGUUCUAUAUUUGUCACUUUAGAGCUCCAAAUCAUAAUCACUGUGCUGCAUGAUAUUAUAAGAUUAUAUUAUUAAAAGUUAUAAUCCAUAUAAAUUCUCUAACCAUUAUAUUUGUUAAACAUAGAUUAUUGCUUCCACUUCCAAUUUUCCACAAUUAUAAGUAAUACUAAGGUAAAUGUUCCUUAAAUAUAUAUUUUUGUAAGCUCAAUUAAUAAUUUAAGAUAAAUUCAUAGACAUAGAAGUGCAGAAACAGAGCAUGAACACUUUUAAGGCUUUUGGUUGAAUUCAUAUCUGUAUGUUCUCUGCAACAAUGGAGAACAUUGUUCUUCAUAACCUUUUCAAUCUUAUAGGCCAAAAAUAAAUAAAGUUCUCAUUUCAAUUUAUAUUUUUGAAUAUUUUUCAAUAAACUUAUUUUGUAUUUUUCUUUCGUACUGAAACAACCAGAUGAUAAAACAAUAAUUCAAUAACUGACAAACCAAAUUUUAGACAUGUCUUGGCCUUUAGACUUCAUGUCAUGUCUGGUGGGCCUAAUUUUUUUAAAUUUGGAUUUAUUAAAGCAUAAUUUGCAUCCUGAUACAUCCUUCCUUGGCAUAUAGCUUUAUGAGUUUUGACGAAUGCAUACUUUCAUGAAAUUAUCACCAUAAUCAAGUCAGAGAAUGUUUCUGUGACUCCCAAAUGUUUCAGCCUUCCCCUUUGUAGUCAUCCCUCCUUCAAUCUCCAACUUCGAGAAACCACUGAUUUGUCUUGGUUCCUCGCGUUUUGCCAUUCUCAGGAUAUUAUAUAAGUGGACUCAUGCAUUUUGAGUUUUUGAGUCUGACUUAUUUGUUACAUGCAUCUGUAGUCUGUGUUUUUCCCAUUUAAUUGCUGAGUAGUAUCCUGUUGUAUGGAUGCACCACAGUUUGUUUAUCCAUUUGCCAAUUGAAGGUUGGGUUAUUUCCAUUUUUUGGCAAUUAUGAAUAAAGCUGAUACAAACAUUCAUAUACAGUUUUUUGGGAGUAUACAUAUUUUAUUUCUUUUAGAUAAAUACCUAGCAGUGAGAUUGCCAGGUUGUAUGGUAAACACAUAUUUACCUUUAUAAAACAUUUUUCAAGUUAUCUGUGUCAUUUCUAAUGGCCCUUAUGAUUUUGAAUGGUUCUGAAAUGAAUCUUGAUGUAGCUCAUUCAGAUUUUUAUCAAUGGUGCCUCUUUGUGAAAAUAAGCAAGUUUUUAAAUGAGGAGUUUUAAUCAACUCCUGGUUCUACAAGAAUUUAUCAUGCACUUGGUCCAUUAUCCACAUCCUCCGAUUCUUCUCUGUCAAGUAGUGUUAGGAUGCUUAUUUAGUAAAUCUAAAGCAUUUUAAAAAGUUAAAGGAAAAUGAAAUAAGAAGAAGCCAAUUUUAUAGGUUAAAGUAUUAGUAUAUAAAACAAGGCAUGGAUACAAUUUACUGUUGAGUUACCUUAUCAUCAGCUGUUAUGAUAGUGAAAUUUUAUUUAUAAUCAGAUUCAUAAUAUAUGAAAUGUAACAAAUAUUAAAUACAGAGCACUAUGAUAUGUCUCGUGGGGAGAGAGAGAAUUUUGUAACCAUAUACAGAAGAUGAUGAUGGCUAUACUGGAGGAACACAUAAAGGGAGACCCGUCUAAACUUAGCAAUGCUUGAAACAUCAUCUUAGGGGAGAUCUUCAGGACCAUGAGCCAAGUGAGGACAAGAGAGAAGAAUGGUCCAGGUGGAGGAUCCAGCUCACGCAGCGGUUUUGUUUAGCAGGCAAGAUAAGGGCACGAGGGCAAGAAACUUGAGGAUGCUGUUAAAGAUUGAUCUUAUGAUCAACUGUGGGGUCCAGAAGGAGUGAAAAAGAAGCGGAAUUCAUAAGGAGCAUGAUAGACUGGAACAGAUGGAUAAAUUAGUAGUCAGGAAAUUUCCUCAUGGCCAAAGAAACCUUGUUGUGUGAGGGAGGUAAGACAGGAGGUAAGUUGGGAUUUUACAUUUCAAACAUGAUUACUGGUUGAGAAUAUAGCUAUGAAUAAAGGAUAAAAAUGUGGUAGAGAGGAAGGUUAUUAUAGUUGAGGAGGUUAACAAACUUAGAAGACAAAGUGCAUGGAUACCCAUAUCCACCAAAUACCAUAAACACAUUAGUAUUCAUAGACUUCCAUGAAAUUUCAUGUCAAUACGUUUGGGAAACAUUGAGUUAAAGUGAAACAAACAAUUAGCUGGGUGUGGUGGUGUGUACCUGUAACGCCAGCUACUCAGGAGGCUGAGGCAGGAGAAUUGCUUGAACCCGGGAGGCGGAGGUUACAGUGAUCUGAAAUCUCACUACUGCACUACAGCUUGGGCGACAGAGCGAGAUUCCGUCUCAAAAAAAAAAAAAAAAAAAAAAAAACAAGUGAAAUAAACAGGUAUUUUCUGAAGGUCUUCUUAACACUUUUAUGCAUUGUGUAACUCUAAGCAUGACAUAUAAUGUGCAGUUAAUGUCAAAAGGCUUGAAUUCAAAGAUUUAUUUUUUGGAAUUAUUCCAGUUCACUGAUUUUUUAAGCAAUACUCUUUUGCCAGUGAAAGGACAGCAUCUUAAAGAAGGAAUUGAUUUUACAUCCCUGAUAAUGCUUACUUCAUUAAUCACUUUUCUUCACCUUUAGGCAGUGGUACUCAGACUGGCAUAAAAGACAAUCCAUUGCUUGUGGCACUUGCAAAAAGAGAAGAUAUCUGGGUUUCACACCAAGACAUUCUGAUCCAGAAGGCCUGGGCUUGGGCCCCAGGACUUGUACUACAUCAGUCAUAUCAGGUGAUCCGGAUGUGGAGUCAGCACUUGAUCUGGAUACAGCUGGGCCUGCAGAACCUCUGACACAGUGGUUCUCAAUAUUGGCUGUACAUUACAAUCAUCCAGAGAGCCUUCAAAAAUUCCAGUAACCAGGCCAUGCCUCAUACCAAUUAAAUCCUGGUCUCUGGGGUUGCAUCAGUAUUUUCUUAAAGAUCCUGGGUGAUUCCAGCAUGAAACCACAGUAGAGAAUCAGUGCCUCUAAAGAUUUGGUGUGAAAAGCCUUAAGCUUCUUUGGCUUCUCAGGACUUGGAAAUACUUCAUAAGAUCUGUAGCUAAUGCUCUCGUAAAAACUGGGCUUGCCUCUGGUUUAAUUAUCAGAGAAAGCUGCCUAGAGAUUCUUUUAGAAGGUAGCUGUUAGCUCCUUUCUCUGAAUAGUAAAAAAAAAAAAAAAAAAAAAGGAAACUUCUGAAUGGAAACAAAACUCUGAACCAAUAUAAAACUCUGAACUGAAACAGAACCACUGUACAGAAAGGUUAAUAGUCCCCCAAAAAAGUCACCUUUCCUAAGAAAACUUUGGUUCUGUCACAUGAUAGCUUUUAUGUCUCCAACUUCUUAAAACAACAAGAAAUUGCUCAACAUACAUUUUAGAAUCAGUUUUACAGCUUCAAAUCUGAGUUUAACUAAUUUCUUCUUAAAUAGUUCUAACAUUGUUUCUCUUUACUAAAAUACCAACUUCACAACCUACCAGAAGGAAAGCAAUGUGACAAAGUAGAACCUUCGAACACAUACUCCAUGUACUUUGCUUUUUGCCUCUCUUCUGCUCACCUUCCCCUCCUCGAAGGACACAGUGAAUGAAGCAAGUGAAUGAGUUAAAGAAGUAAAUCGCAAAAUAAACAGGGACAAUAUUCGAGAUUAUGACAUCCACCUAUCUUUUCCUGAUGCAAUGUAGGCUAUGUCAGAAUUGUUGGUUAAUUUAUUGGACCAUGAUUCCUUCUCCAGAAUCCUUAGUGUCAGAUGUUUUUACAGAAUUCAAAAUAUUUUAUAUUUUAGGAAUAUGUAUAUUUGGUUACACAAGCAGCAUCUGGAGCAACAAUUGUAAUCACAGAUGAGUAUUUCUGCAGCAAAACAUGGAGUAUAAAUUGCCUCACAACAGAUCAGGUUUUGCCACCAAAUGAGUUUGCAUCAAUCUUAAAAGAAACAUUUUGUUGGGUUUUAAACUUUGUUUGGAUAUGAGCAUUGAAGAUCGGUAGAAUAGUGUAUUUUAUAUUCAAAUAGUGAGCUUUAUUUGUAAAAUUCUAACCAAUUACUUAAAAAUUAUUUAUUUUACUUUUUCUUUUUUUAACUUUCCUUUUUAGCUUGUUUCUGUGGCUUUUAUAAGUAACUAUAAAUAAAUGAUGAAUAAGUUUGAGUAGGGACAGGGACCUUUGUGUAUAUAAUCCCGUUUAAUCUUAAUAAAAAUCCAUUCAAAAAGUAUGUAUUCUUAUCUCUAUUUCACAGAUGAGAAAGCUGGGUCUGUGAAAGGUUAAAUUGCUUGCUAAAAUUUCACUUGUGAUGGAGACCACAUUUAAACACUUGACAUUCAGAUGACUUGACUGCAAAGACCACUGUACCACACAGCUUCCGCAGCAACAGAGUCAGAGGCAUAAAUCAUUGCAUGAAAGACAGGUGCACAGAUCCCAUUUUAUGUUUAGGUUAAAACCCUAUGCUGAUUGUUGAUAGCUUCUCCUAUUCAAACACAAAAGCUUUUUAUCAUUAAUCAUCUUGAAAGAAUGAAACUGGAAUAAUAUUUAAUCUCAGCAUUUGGUCUAACGAUGUAAGAAUAUGGAACUUUAAAUAAACCAGUACUUUGAAUAAAUUAAGACAAUGUUUAAAUAAACAUUUAAGUAAUAUGUAAAACACAUUUUGUAGGUGUGCCAAAAUCAACCUAUUGAGAAUGGUCAAGAAGAAAAUUCACAGGAAAGGUCCUUUAAAGACUGUCUUGCCAGGCUCUUCAGCUGGAUAAUGGGAAUAAGCCACUGUGAACACCUUCAAUUAAGGCAAUAAACGUAUGUGCGCUGGAGCGCACUGGUGUUGGAAUUGGGUUGCAAAGCUAAGACAAAUACAGAAAAAUGUGUCCUUCUGUGCAGGUUUUCCUUACAACCAAAAGCAAUAUAGGAACUAGAGCUUUUGGUUGCUGUUGUUGUUGCUAUAAUUAUUAAUCUUUCAAAUACAUUUUAUUUUUCAAUCAUUAAUAUGAAUUUAGCAUUCCUUAACUAAGAAGCCAUUAAUAAUGGCAUUUUACUUGUUUUCCUAUAGCUAUAAUUCCAAAGACUUCCCUGGAGUGCCCUUUUUGCAUUUUCCCAUACUUUUCCCCUUAUUUGUUGAUUGAGUGACAGGUCUUGCCAGAUGGCAAGUCAUCACCAAAGUUUCGUGCCACGAAUCGUGACAGUUUUGUCUUAAUUAACAUUUUUUUUUAAUUACAGACUGUAUUUUCUAUGUGGAGGUGUAGAAUAAAUAGUAAAAUAGAGAUUUUCAUGCAGAACUUAGAGCUUUUAAAAUGGACAUGCUAUAGAGACUUUAAAAUUUAUUAAAUUUAAGUAUCCAGUACAACUUCCCAGAAACGUGUUUGCUUUCUCUUGUGACCCCUGCACUCAAGGACCAGACUCAGUAUUUUGCUCAGUGGUUUGCUGUGCACAUGAGUGAACACUUUCUAAUGGAUGCUUCAUGUAGCAUAUUCUAAUCUACAACUAUUUGGGGUCAAGCUUUGUCAUCUCCAUGGUAAGCCUCUGUUAAUGUAAUUGCAGAAGGUACCAGGAAUUGUGACAAUAAAUUAUAUGACCAGUUUCUUCUCAUGAUUCUGAAUAGAAUUUUUAAGCAUGAGCUUUUGGUUUGCCUACUGCUUUUUUGCACUAUCAUCUACUAAAAAGAUUUAGUAUUGCAUAUUCAGAAUUUAGCCAUAUUGAAAAAGAGAAACACUUGGUCAACUACUUUGCCUCACAGGCAGUCCAUUUCUCAAGACAGCAAUCUGAAAAUAUUAAACACAAUUCUGGUUUUCCAUGUUAAUGGGAAAAAUACUGCUGGGAAGUGAAUAGACAAUAACUUCCUGCACAGGAAUUAGGCCAUCUGUAUAUUUCAAAUUAUGCAUGUACAUACCUUGGUAAUGUAAGUUGUAUAAUGUACCAUCAUAUGAUAGAUUCUUAUAAAAGGACGUCAAGUAAUUACCUUGGUGCUUCUUUAGAUUCCUUCAGGGAAAAUCACCCCUGUGCCAGAAGUGAAUUAAACUUAAAAAAAAACUACUGAGAUAAAUAAUCCAUCUCUUUCAUUUAUGACAUAGGUUCAUUAGCUCUUAAACAGUAAAGUAAAUGAACAGAAGCUCUCUGAUCUGUCUGUACACUCCUUUCAUGUACUAUGAUUAAAUUUCCCCUUAAUUUUCUCUUCCCUAGGCAUAGUCACUUCAGUGUUUUAUUUUCGUCUGUUUAUCUGUCUGCUAACUACAACUACCUUAAAAUGAUGAGCCCCAAGCAGGAUACUUCUAAUCCCAGUCAAAUAGGAAAAAAUGAAAGCACCUCAGAAGUUAAAACUUAAGUGAUGUGAAAUGGAAAGAUGCUAAUUUGGGGGAGGGGGCAAGAGUUUUCCCUAGAAUCCUAGGAUCUAAAAAUAUAGUCAAUCUAGAAAUCAACUGUUGUCCUUGUAGUUUAACUUGGUGAUAUUUUUGCAUAGGAAAAGAGUACUAUGGCUUAAAAUGUAUGGGCAGUUAAAGGGAGAUCUAGUGAUCACUGAAGCAUGUGAUUUUAAAUGCCAGAACUGAAUUCCAGUAUUUUCUAGAUUUCAAUAGCUCACCUACAAUUAUACAUCCAUGCCUCAUUAUUAAGGUUUCUUAGUCUGUUUUGUGCUGCUAUAACAGAAUACCACAAUCUGGGUAAUUUAUGAGGAGCAGAAAUUUAUUGGCUCAGGAUUCUGGAGGCUGGAAAGUCCAAGGUCAAGGUGCUCACAUCUGGUAAGGGCCUUCUUGCUGCACCAUAACAUAACGGAAGCACAAAAAGAGGGAACGAGAGAGAAGGGGACUAAACUUGCUUUUUUAUAACAAACACUGACCUAUGAUAAGGACAUUAAUUCAUUCAUGAGGGCAAAACUCUAGUGGUCUAAUCACCUCCCAUUAGGCCUCACCUAUCAACACUGUUGCCUUAGAAAUUAAGUUUCCAACAUGUGCAUUUUAGUGGACACAUUAAACCACAGUAUAGGGUGACUUUAUAUUACUAUUUGGGACAAUCCUCAUUUAAGCCUGUUGUCCUUGUGUAGUAUUAGCACCCUUUUCCCCCUUCCACAUGUCCACAUUUAGAUGAUAAAUUAUAUGGUCACCCUACAGUUAUUACAGUUUCUUUGUUACACUGUCCAGCUUGCACUUGUGCACUUGGUUUUUCCUCUAUUUCUGUCAAGCUCUGCAUUGAUCAUCAGUGGUUUGCUUCUGGUUAUUUCUCUGUUUAUUAAAGUCCUUUAAUGUGUAUUUAAUUCUCCCUUCCAGGUUAGUGGUUGUCCCCUUAAGAUCAUCUUCAGCAAAUUUAAUGAGCCUUGUGAACCCUCCCUUCAUUAUCUGGGUCAACAAUGGGAACCCUGAGGCUUAGGCCAGUGGCCUUUGGGACACCAUCCAUGUUAUUUCUUACCUCCUUUCUUUUCUCUCUACUGCCCCUUAUUGACCCUUUUCCUACCCACCUGUUGUCACUGACUGAUUAAUCUUUAAUUUCUAUCUUAACAUCUUUCCAGAAAUUAUGUUGUUCUAGAUCCUAUUAAGAAGUGUGAUGUUCAUGACGGUUUUGUGCUGAAACACUCUAGAUCGAAUUGCAUUUUCUCAGUUCACUGGUUUCAAGUACCCGUGGGGCCACUGGAAAUAAAACUGUGAUGUAUUAUUUCCACAGUUCUUAUUGUUUUAAUUCAAUCAUAGUGCAUUAUAUAACUCUGACAAGUCAUCUUUACCCUGAAGUCAUGCCUGAGAUUUUGUAAGGAAAACUCAAGAAAACUUACAGAUGAGCUACUGAAUUUCCAGACAUUUUCAUGAUGCAUUUUUAAAUGGGAAAUUAAAGUUUCUAAAGUGUUACCAGGAGUUAGUGGAAAAACUCAGCAUGCUCUGCUCACUCCUGAUUCGUACUAAUUUUGUUUUUUUCUAGUAUUAAGUGGGUCAAGCCUAGAAGAUAAUGCCCCAAAUUGUAGUCAAUGAGAUUCCUUUUGUGUGGUUUAAUAUGCCUAAAUUCAAUGAAAAUGAAUUUUAAUUUCUUUACACACAUUUUAAAUAUGUUUUGAUGAAUUAAAAUACUUAAACUUGAAAAAAGCUAUAUGUAUGUUGAGAACAUUUUAUGGCAUACAUUCAUCAUAUGAAAUUCUGUUUAUAUCAUUUGUUAUAAAAAUCCAAUGCAAAAGCCAUACGAAAACUAUACAAAACACAUUUAAAAUGGGUAGUAUGAUGGUAGAACCCUUUUGUAAUGCUGAUGUUAUUUGUUGGGGUUGUCAGUCAUAUUAGAUCUUGACAUAAGCCCAUAUGUAGCAUGAUUAAUUAUGUAAUAGUAGUUUUUCAUUGCAGUAUUUCAGCAGGCAUGACAUGGCCUGUUGCAUGCCUGAAUCUGUUUAAAUAUUAGCCAUUCCACAGAGUUUCUUUGUACAUAAUUCUGUUGAUUUCCAAAAAAAAAAAAAAAAAAAAAAAAAAAAAGGCUCUGUGAAGAAUUCUGUGGUAGAGGUAAACAACAGAGACUACAGAUACUACAGUCUGGAGUCAGGAUUUAUGCAUCAAAAAUGAAGUGUUUAAGUAGAUUUUUGUCAACUAGCAAAUGCCAUUUUAGUCUGAGCAUUUCACCAUCUCAUUCUACACCAUCUGUCUCUCAGGGAGCAAUUAAUCUGAAACUCCAACAUGCAGCAUUAAAAUUCCAUUAACACUGAACAGAAUAUUAACGUGUCUGGCAUUGCCAUUUUUAUCUUUUCAAAUUUCAGAGUUAAUUUUGAAUAAAGCAGGUAUAACAUUUUAAUCUAUUUGUAUAAUUAAGAUUAUUGAAUAAAAUAUGUAAUUAGCAGCAAAAAUUGUGUAAUAAUACAUAAAACUUAGUUUAAUAAUGCUGGAUGUUUUGCAGCUUCAACAUUCAGCAUAUAAGCUAAUGAUUAUUUGUAAAGGUACUACAUAUUUUACAAAGCUAAUGUUCCCAAGCCUCUCACUUUGUCAUUCCUUUUUCUUU